CAUACUUUGAUCCAAUACAAUCUUAUGAAUCUUCAAUGGCCAAGACCAAGUGCUGGUUUGGUUGGGUAACCUUGCUCCUAACUUCUGAGGCAAGAACGAAACUUGAAAAGAAAUCGAAGAGGUGGAGAUGGUUUUUUGGAAAGGUUAAACAUAAGCAGUACCCUGCACUCUUAGCACCACAGAGAACACUGAGGGAAGCAACAGAAGAGCAAAGAAAGCAUGCUUUGACUGUUGCCAUAGCAACAGCAGCUGCAGCAAAGGUUGCAGUGGCUGCUGCAGGAGCAGCAGUCGAGGUUGUCCGGCUCACAGGUGCUUCUCAAUCUUGCCAGCGCUUCAUGAAGCAAGAAAGAAAUUUGGCUGCCAUCAGAAUUCAAAGUUCUUACCGGGCACAUCUUAUAAGGAAAGCAUUGAGAGCAUUGAAGGGACUGGUGAGACUUCAAGCCAUAGCUCGUGGACGAGCUGUGAGAUGCCAAACAGUCACAUUGAAGUGUUUGCCACCCAGUGCAAAAAGACAGGUAGAGGUACAGGAAAAGAGCAUCCCUUCUGCAGAUGCAAGCCGCAGAGGUUGUUAUAAGAAACAAUUUGACGGGGCAAAAGAUGAGCUUGGAGAAGAGGACACAAAGCUUGAAUGCAGCAGUCAGAGAAGUUGGGACCGGAGCAUGGUUUUGAAGGAAGACAUGGAUGCUAUAUGGUUAAGAAAGCAAGAGGCCAUUACCAAAAGAGAGCGCAUGAAGAAAUAUUCAUUUUCACACCGGGAGACGAGAAAUGCUCAAAUGCUGGAGGAAUCAGUGGACAACAAGAAAUUCAGAAAGAGGAGCUUCUAGCUAGAACAACUGUUAGACAAAGAGCAGGCAUGUAAUAUGGAAGGAGUGGGUGAAAGGAAUGAGCAAAAACAAAUUAAACCCAAAAAUGAACAGAAGCAAGUUUCUCUAGGACUGGAUUCACAGUGGUCAUUCCCUAGGAGAUCUUUCUGUCCUGUGAAACAGAACUCAGCUGGUAAUGACAGUUUGAUGCCAAAUUCUCCCAUUUUUCGAACUUACAUGAGUGCAACAGAAUCUGCCAAGGCAAAACAAAGGUCGUUAAGCACACCAAAGCAACGGAUCAUAGGGUAUUUGGAUGGAUGCAUUGAUCACAACUUUGCAAACAAGAAUGAGCAGUACGACUCGUUUUGGUCUUCUUUUAAUUCUGGUACCGAUGAUAGUAGAGGUGUUUCUCAGUAGGCAUGCAUCUUCCUGCAGCAGCAUGGAUCAUCUUUGCUGAUCAGUCUAAAAACAAGUUCAGUCCAAUGGCUUUUUCAG